UCCACCGGAAGUGAGAGCGGUUGUGUUUGAGUGAUCAUGGCGUCCUCCGCUGCUGCCCGGACUGCCGGAGCGGUGAGGGCGGUGAAGCCCAUCCUCAGCCGAGAUGUGGACGAGGCCAAGCGCCGUGUGAGGGAGCUGUACCGGGCCUGGUACCGGGAAGUACCCAAUACCGUGGCGAUGUAUCAGCUGGACAUCACGGCACGUCAGGGACGAGAAAAAGUGAGAGAAAUAUUCACCAGGAAUAAACACAUCCGUGACCCACGCGUCAUCGACAUGCUCGUCAUCAAGGGUAAGAUGGAGCUUCAGGAGACCAUCAAUGUGUGGAAACAGAAAACACACAUCAUGCGCUACUUCCAUGAGACGGAGACGCCGCGUCCCACAGAUUUCCUGUCCAAGUUUUACGAUGGACACACCCCCUGAUGACCCGUCUGACCUUUCACCCCGUUGUCCUCUCUAAUGCUGAACUGUAAAUACACUGCGUUACUUAAAAACA